UGGGAAGUCAACGUCUCAAAUGUUACAGGUCUAGAAUCAAAUCAUGUCAGAUUUUCACACACAUUGGGUGAGUCAGUCGGGCCGGUUACACAUUAAACCUGUAAGUAAGAAGACACCAAAGCCCACAUUCCUAUUUCUAUUUUCAUGGUCCGUACGUAGAUAGACGUGAGUGAGAAUCUCCAUUCUCAUUUCCUUUCAAGUUUUUCGUCCCAUCUGAAGGUUCUUCAGAAAUGGAAAGUAGUCAAAACCCAGAUUGGGAAACCGAGUUCAACCGCUUCGAACAAGCCAUCUCAUCUUCCCCCGCUCCGAUUCGUGUAAAAUCCGUUAUAAGGCUAUCAGCUUUGGCUAAUCAAUCACCGGAGAGCAUUCUCUCCCGCGCAAUCCCGAUCCUCGCGGGUCUCCUCCGCGUCUCCUCCGACGAUCCCGACCGCUCCGUCCAAGCCGCAGCCGCGCAUUGCCUGAAACGCAUCGCCUGCCGCGGCGGCGAAUUCGCGGCGAGGAUGGGGAGGUGCGGCGCGAUCGCCAGCUUGUUAGGGCUCUUACUCGAGGCGGCAACGAACGAUAACGGCAUUUCCCUCCGAACGAUCUGGGUGAAGUGUCUGUGGAGUUUGGUUACCUUCGGAUCUUCGAUUCGGAUCGGGUUAGCUAGGUUAGGCGGUGUAGAGAUCGUGACACGUGAGUUGAACACGUGCGAAGAUGAUGAUGAUGAUUCGAGUAAUAGACGCUACUUGCUAGAGAUCCUCACCGCCUUGGCGACGAUACCAGAGAGCAGACGCGUUCCUGUUCUGGAGCUAUUUCUCAGUUGUGUUACAACGUGAACGACCGCGAGGCUUUGUCUGAGUCUGGUAUGAUACCGAUUCUGAUUGAAUGGCUGGGGGAUGAGUCUGAAGAGCUUAGGGAUAAUGCAGCUGAGGCGCUUAUUAAUUUCUCUGAAGACCAAGAUGAUUAUGGUGGAGUGCGUGAGGCUCUAAGCCAUCCUGUGAUUCAGAGUAUGCAGGGCAGACUUGCUAGAAUCAGAGCCUCUCAUGAACAUUUGGUUAGGUCAAUGCGAAGGGUUACAAUCGAUCCUUAUUUUCCCUGAUGAGCAAAUCCAACCUGUUUUGAUGUAUAUGUUUAUAAUAUAAUUUCGAAUUUUUGUGACUUUUGUUUCCUUCAGAUGUUUGUAUACAUGUACCAGUAGAUAUUUGACUUUGAAUGAAUAUAGAUUACCACAUCAUUGAUCUUCCUUUACAUGAUUGUGCAUCCAAUGGUUGGACCAUACGAAUCAUAGACUACUACUUCAUACAUGUCAGGGUGUGGAUGCUCAUAGCAAAUUCUGGAGCAUUCAGCUAAGCAGCAAUGUGCUGGAACGUUUUGAUCUGUACCGUUGUUAUCAUCAUCAGCAGUCUCCAUGUUCUUGGAAUUGUCGGUAUCAUCCUCUUCUUGUGGCUUCUUCUCCACCUGAUCAUCAUCUGGGUUAAACUCUUCAAGAGUCUCUAACAUGGCGUAGCAAGCUUUCUUCCUCAAGGUGUCAACCAAACAAGCUGCAUCAAUUCCAUCUCCGACCACUACAAGCUCAUCCUCGAGUUCCCCUUCAAUGGCCACAGAGAUUACACCUGCAAGCAAGAGAAACAGGUUAAGAGUAGCUGUAAGCAAAACGAAAGAUGAUGCAACAAGGCUGUUGGCAAGAGUCAGAGACCUUCAUUUUCUUCUGACGGGGAAGCUCUGUUUUGGCCAAAGUGGAGGAUUGAAGAAAAAACUAUCACUGGGCUUGCGAAAUGUACUUUGUUUCGAAAGCUAUGUUUUGUGCUGAGCACGAAGAGCUAAGGGAGCAAAGUGAGACUUCUUCAAAUGAAAUGAGAGAAAGUCAAGAUAAUGUUUUUUUUCUUUGUAAUCAAACACAUCAUAUAAAUCUUGUGGAUAGAAAAUAUCUUUUCCUUUUUCUGUUUGUCUGAUGAUAUAACUCGAUAGCACAUCAUCUCGAGUACCAUUUCAUAUACUCACAAGCAUACAUCUUCUAAGGAAGCAUUGUAUAACAAAACGAAAAGAAUGUAAAAUGGUUAAGGUAAGAUCUCUUUAAAUU